CCGAGGACAGAGGCGAGCUUGAGAGCGAACUCAAGAGACGAGACAAGAAGAUCGAGGACCUCAAGAAGAAACUAAGAGACCAAGAAGAAGAAAAAGAAGUCGACCCGCAGUCCGAGGAGGAAGACAGCCUGCUGAAGCGAAUGAUGAGGCAGGUGCGCGAGCAGGAAGAGAAAAUGAAAGACGUUCUUUCUGCGAUGGAAUAUUUUCGUCUGCAAGAAAUGGAGGCAAGUGUGUCAGCGAUUCAAUUAGUUUCUAUUAAAAUGUUUCUGUGAAUACAUACAUACAUAUUUCUAUAUACAUGUAUAUGCAUAUGUAUACAUAUAUAUAGUAUGUAUAUCUGUGUGUGUGUGCGCGUGUGUGUGUGUAUUUAUGUAUGGGUAUAUAUUUGAAUAUAUAUAUUCAUGUAUAUACAUAUAUAUGUAUAUGUGUAUGUGUGUGAGCUGAGAAUUCGGAGCGCGACUGAGUGUGAAGAUCCUUCCGAGGUGUUUCUAACUCGCGCCUCUUCUCCUGCCGGACC